UUAUGCUUGACAACCAUAGAUGUCGGCGGCAAGGAAGGAUUGGUAAUUUACUAUAGUGAGUUUUAUUCUUAGGAACCGGUAGGAAAUACACGAAAAAAUGGAAUCGGAUGAUUACGAAGAAAACUCAAGAGGAAGACAACUAGGGAAGCGAUUUAGUAUCCAUUCGUGUCUUGUUUACGAUGAAAUGAGAAGAUUUGGCCAGCUAUGUGACGCAGUGAUAAAAGCAGAGCGCCGAGAAUUUCCUAUCCACAGAGCGAUCAUGUCGGCCUGUAGUCCCUACUUCAGAGCAUUAUUUACCAAUGCUUUAGAUUCUGUGGAGAAAAGAGAGGUUGAGAUACCGGGAGUUAGUGCGGAUAUAAUGCAGGUUAUUAUAGACUAUGCCUAUACACGGCGAGCAAGAAUUGAUGGAAGCAACGUGGAACAACUCCUUCCGGCGGCCGACCAGCUACUGGUACACGGCCUGGUCACCGGCUGCUGUGAUUUCCUCGCCGGUCAACUAGAGGCAGAAAAUUGUAUCGGUAUUUUAAACUUUGCACGUGCCUACUUCUGUCAUAAAUUGGUAAAAACCGCAUACCGCUUCCUUAUGCACAACUUUAGCGAAGUUCUGGCUUCCAGCUCAGAGUAUAACGACCUUAGUGUUGAGGGGGUAUGUGAGAUAUUGUCAUCUGACGAUCUCAAUGUGAAAAAUGAAGAAAUGACAAUUGCAGCAUUGUUUCGAUGGAUCGAUUGCGACCCCGAAAACCGGAAGUGCCAUAUUGUUCCCUUGCUUCGGACCGUUCGCCUAGGGCUUCUGUCCACCAAGUUCUUUGUGGAGAAGGUGAAAUCGCACCCGUACGUCAAGGAGAGUGUGGAAUGCAAACCUCUUAUUAUCGAAACCCUCAAAUUUCUAUAUAAUCUGGAUAUAAACGAGGACAAAGCCCUCGACAUUACCAAUUCGCUCGCACAACCUCGCGUUCCGCACGAGGUCAUGUUCGUUAUAGGCGGAUGGAGCGGAGGGGCUCCCACCAAUAUUGUGGAAACGUACGACACACGCGCUGAUAAAUGGAUUAUUUGCGACUCAAAGGAUGAAGUCCCCCGAGCCUACCACGGAACUGUCACCAUUGACUUAAAAAUUUUCGUCAUCGGAGGCUUCGACGGGACACAAUAUUUCAACAGUGUCCGGUGUUUUGACCCCGUUGCGAAGACAUGGUCCGAAGCUGCACCGAUGAACUCCAAAAGAUGUUACGUAAGCACGGCUGUGCUGGGGGCCUACAUCUAUGCCAUGGGGGGCUAUGACGGUCACACAAGACUGAAUACGGCGGAACACUAUUUCCCCGGCCGGAAUCAGUGGAGCCUCAUCGCACCCAUGAAUCAGCAACGUAGUGACGCAGACGCUACCACUCUGCAAGGUAAGAUCUACAUCUGUGGUGGCUCAAACGGACAGGAAUGUUUAAACACGUCGGAAUAUUACGACCCGAGGACCAAUCAAUGGACGUCAAUUACGCCCAUGCGCAAUAGACGUAGUGGAGUUGGGGUAAUAGCAUACGGUGACCAAAUCUACGCCCUUGGUGGGUUUAACGGAAUCGCCCGGAUGAACACGGUCGAACGAUAUAACCCACUCACUGAUCGCUGGCAGACGAUCCAAGAAAUGUUUGACCCGCGGACCAACUUUGGUGUAGAGGUGAUUGACGAUAUGAUUUUCACCGUCGGAGGAUUCAAUGCAGUAACAUCCAUCAGCAAUGUGGAGUGCUUCGACAAAAACUCAGACGAGUGGUUUGAUGCAGCAGACAUGAAUAUCGACAGGAGUGGUCUGAGCGCAUGCGUCGUCAACGGUCUACCAAAUGUUCAGGAUUACACAUUUAAAGAAACAAAAAACCCGGGGAGCAAGCAGACCGGGAAAAAAUAAUCCAAGGAGAACACAAAGGACUGGGGGAAAUAACAAAAACAAAAACGAACCGAAGUUGUUUUAAUAUUAUUUUACUAAGUAUAUU